UUGCUAGUUUAACAGUCAAUUUAGCCAAACGCGAAGGAGAAAAAGGAGUGGGGAAGGUUCAAAAUGGAAGCUCUGAAAAUUAGCUAUGGUGUUACCAACGUGUCACUGCUGGCGUCUUCCAGAGAUACUUCAAUUUCUCUGUUUCCUUUUCUCUCCAAGAAAAUUGGUUGUGUUUGUACUGUAAGAUUCCCGAGAAAUGGCAAAUUCCUUCUUCGUGAUAAUAGGGUUACGUUACACGCACAAUUCUUACGGUCCACAGUUAGCAGAUAUAAAGGAGCUACACGUGUAUCAGCUACUUUGGAAACGGUAAGCGCGGGAGAAAUUUUACCACCACCUCUUGAUUCAUCUUCAGAUCCUCCUCCACUCUUUGAUGGAACAACAAGGUUGUAUAUAUCAUAUACGUGUCCCUACGCACAGCGUGUGUGGAUUACUCGUAACUGUAAGGGUUUAGAGGAUAAGAUAAGAUUAGUUCCAAUUGAUCUGCAAAACAGGCCUGCUUGGUAUAAGGAGAAUGUGAACCCAGCUAACAAGGUGCCAGCCUUGGAACACAAUAAUGAAGUCAAGGGGGAGAGUCUUGACUUGAUUAGAUAUGUUGAUAGUCACUUUGAAGGGCCUUCACUUUUCCCUGAUGAUCCUGUCAAGAAAGAAUUUGCGGAAGAGCUGUUUUCAUAUACUGACACCUUUAAUAAAGCUGUGGUUUCUUCGCUUAAUGGAAAGAUAAAUGGAGCGAGUGAUGCAUUUGAUCACAUUGAAAAAGCUCUUUCCAAAUUUGACGAUGGGCCAUUUCUUCUUGGUCAGUUCAGUCUGGUGGAUAUAGCUUUUGCUCCAUUCAUUGAAAGAUUUGAGCCUGUACUCCUGGAUGUGAAGAACUAUGACAUUACCUCUGGCAGGCCUAAACUGACCGCUUGGAUUGAGGAAAUGAACAAAAUUGAGGCCUACAAACGCACACGUCAUGAUCCAAAAGAGCAUGUUGAGAGGUACAGGAGACGGUUCUUGGGAAACUAGAAAUUCACAUCCCAUGAAGUUCUCAGCUGGUUUUUAGAACUGCUGAAAUGGCAGAGUCGAAUUUUUUUUUUCCAACCUGCGCUCUUCAAUAGGCUCUGCUCUGAAUUCUGAUUUUUCACUUUUAUUCUCAACCAGAAGCUGAAGUCUGUAACUUACAACACUGUCACAUCUCAUCUCCGAGAAUAAUGUCUUGCAUGUGUUCUUGUGUUUGCUCCUUGUAAUUUGACGCUCUUCAACAUAAAUAUCAGCAGUAGUCCACCAGAUUUGACCAG